AAUAUUUAAGGUUUGUCUGAUUAAAAAUUUUGGUGAAAAAGACAUGAAUUCACCUUGAGAGUGAAAACUAGCAGAUUCCCCAGUAUUAAUCUUUCUUAAAGCCUUUUUUUUUUCUGCUAUUAUUUUUAUAUAUAUAACUUGUUGCAGCUUCAUGUUUUCAUGGUUUCCUUGGAUUAGUUCAUUGAGACAUUUUUUAAAACAGAUAGUGUGUGUGAGUGAGAGAGAAAGAUAGAGAAAAAAUGGAGCUCUCACAGCAUGGUUUCUUAGAGGAGUUAAUGGCUGCUGCUCCAAGAAGGGACAGUUGGACCACUUUUUCAAAUGGGGUGACCGAGUUCUUCCCUAAUGGAUGGAACUUCGAAUCUUUUGAUGCUACACCACCAAAUCUUGCCUUCUUAGGGUUCUCAACAACAACAACUGAUGAAAUUGAAAACCCAAGCUUUGAAUGUCCUUUUAGUGACCAACCUUACCCUUUUGGUGAUGGGUUUUCAGUAUCAGAGAUGGAUGCUUCAACUUCACCUUUCCCACCUGCUCAUGAAGAUUACCCAUCAAUGGUUGAUGAUGAAGAUCAGCUUGGCCUUCUCACCACUGACCACCAUCAUCAGCAGCAGCACAGCUUGGAAGAAAUGAAGCAUAGUUGCAAAGUUGAAAUGGAGCAAACUAUCAACAACAUUCAAGGUUUCAACAUGGGCUUGUUUGUAGAGAAAAAGACUAAAGCCAAGAGAUUAGAAGGUCAACCCUCAAAGAAUCUAAUGGCUGAAAGGAGGAGGAGGAAGAGAUUAAAUGACAGGCUUUCAAUGCUCAGAUCAAUAGUCCCCAAGAUCAGCAAGAUGGAUAGAACAUCUAUACUUGGAGAUACCAUAGAUUACAUGAAAGAGCUUUUAGAAAAGGUCAAUAAACUCAAGGAAGAUAAAACAAAACUGGGUUCAAAUCAUUUAAGCCUAAUGAACAACAUGAAAGAGUUAAAACCAAAUGAAAUGUUGGUGAGGAACUCCCCCAAGUUUGAUGUAGAGAGGAGAGAGACCGAUACUCGAAUCGAUAUCCAGUGUGCAACCAAACCAGGACUACUAUUAUCUACUGUGAACACAUUGGAAGCACUAGGCCUUGAGAUUCAAGAAUGUGUUAUAAGUUGCUUCAAUGAUUUCUCAAUGCAAGCUUCUUGUUCAGAGGUUGCAGAACAGAGGACAUUGAUGAGUACUGAAGACAUAAAGCAAGCAUUAUUCAGAAAUGCAGGCUAUGGAGGAACAUGUCUAUAGAACAUUACAAGUGAGGAUCUGCAACAACAUCAAGUUCCUAUCAAUAAAGCUCUGUUCAUUCAUCAAAUCAAAAAUCUCACAAAUGGAGCAUGUUAUGAUAUAACUAUGAUUUUUCUCUUCUUGUACACUAUUAGAUGGUUGAAAAAAAAAAGGGAAUUUUGUUCAUAUUUUUAAUGGAACAAGAAUGUAUUUUAGAGGAAAAUGUGUGCAGAAAUUAGUGGUCUA